UAUCAGGAAGCUCAGGAUUCAGGCUUUUAAAAGAGCUCACAAAGUUUUCGAUAAACAUGAUGUAAUUACUUUAGCAACGCUGAUAAUUUUCCUUGUAACUGUAAUACUACAUACAAGACCCCGAAAGUCAUGUCGCGUAACUUGUAUUUCACAUCGCUGAAUGACACCCUUACUGGCCCCCUGGCUUGACAUGUGUACCGUUGCGUGCAAAUCUCCUUGGCAAUGAAAGCGCAAGAAAGACCCACGUGAGAUUUUUCCUCAUUCUGACAUACAAGUUGACGCAAAAAAGAUUAUAUGCUUUCGAACUUGAAUAACUUCCAAAAUAUCAAUUCAAUUAUUACCAAAUUUCCGCCGUAUGUUCAUGAAUAGCUUAGAUCAUUACUGUCGGAGUUCCAGUUGGUUUGUAUCAAUACCUGGAUUGGUUAUUAAGCAUUUACAUUAAUUGUAACGUCUGCCGAUGAGCAGGUUUUAUUUUUCACCAGUCAAACUCUCAAACCACAGUAAUGCAGGUAAUGAGAUCAAAAAAGUUACUUGAAACAAAACAUUUUGAUCUCGGCUAAAGUGUUUUUCAGAUAGAUAGGUGACAUUCCUGAGUUCAACUAAGGACCUUUGGCACCUAAAAUGUGCAGGGAUGAGGUUGCUUAUGCAGCAAGCAUUCAAUGCGAGACCUUGCAAAUUGGCAUGGCAAUGUACGAAAAUAGGUGCUAAAAACAGUCAUACCACCUGGCACGUUAAUGCACGCUUACACGUGUGAUACAAAAUGUGUCAGUUCCUGCCAUAAAUCGAGUCUUACAACAUGUGCCCUAGAGCCAUAAAUUCAGUUGCAUGAUACGCUGCUCUCCAGGACAUUCUCAAACCGCCCCAAUCACAGGAUAAACGAUGAUGAUUGGAGCAAAAUCUCAGUGACGUUUUCCCUUCCAGGUUUAUAUUGUUCGAUAGUUCGCUGGCCAGGUUUGAUCAGUUCGUGCUCGAGCCCGACACCGUGAUGGAGAAGGUCUUAUUGAUGAACUGGGAUGGCCUUAAAGGCCUGACCAGUAACUUGGGAAUCGCCAAUGAAAUAUUUGGCAUCGGCGAAAGUACUGCAGACACUCUGGUGGAAAUCCUUGAUAUGCUGAACCCCAGUCAGGGUUACUCAUGGGAAGUACAUUUCCAGUUGUUGGGGCUGGAGUUCGUCGAAAAGCAAUUAUGGCCUGUUCUGAAGUUCAUGGAUGGGGAUGAAGAGGUUUUUAAACAUGCUUUAAACUUAGCAAAAUAUCUGACAACACCAGAGAUGCCCUCAUCCGAUGAUACGAAGGGAACCAUCUCGCCACAACUCCACAAAAGCAACAACAUCAGCAAACAGCGUUUUGUCGAACUCGACCUCAGCAUUGUUAUAUUUGAACACAUGUUCAACAUGAUAGAUAAGAUUGAUGAUGAUGCGUUGUCCCCCGAGGUUGAACUCUGCGUGUUGAACUGCCUGAAGCUGUUCCACAACUUGAUGUGGACAAGUGAGGAUACUGUGAGAAACGAAGUUGUUACUUCGGUGACAAUGUGCCUUUUGAAGCAUGGUUUGGUGAGGUUUAUUGACCAUUCAAUACAGUCAACAUCCAAAGGAGAACAUUUUGGAGCCGUGUCUCAAUUACUUCAUGAUCUCUUAAAGUCGGACCCUGGCCUAAAGAAAGCCCUCCUGCCGUCAUUCUGGACAAAAGAGGGCGACACUAUCGUGAACAAGAACGAAUCGUGCAUGGGCUCGACCGGUUCCGCUGCAAGUGACUGCUCCGAAGCCGAGGAAGCGCCAACUGACGACAGAAAUCAAUUGGCGUUACGUGACUCCUCGGGCUCCAAGAUCUUAAUGGAAAACCCGCUCACGUUGGACAACUGGGUUUUCAAAGCUAGCGGGACUGGCGAAAAUUUCUCCAAGGCGUCCUCACAUCUUGGUAAACGCCAUGUCACGGACCUGACGUGGAAUCAGUGUGACGCGACGUCGUCUAAACUUUGGAAACCAUCCGCUGAUGGAUUCAAAAUGGAGUAUGAGUAUGUGAGGGAAACACUGAAGGAUUUUGUCACCUCUUUCAUGAAGUCUGGCUUUAGUAGCCUAGUUGAGACAUUCCUAAAGUCUUUGACGGACAGAACUAAGCGGCUUCAAUUCCAAGAACUCGAAAUGUACUUCACACUUCUUGAAGAUUUUGUCCCGUUCUACUCACUCACAUCAUGGAAUAACAUGGAGCCUGCAUUCUGUAUCGAUACGUUCUCCUUCAUGCUGUACGAUGGGGUGUCGCUAUCUGAAGAAAUUAUUCUCCGGGAGAAGGAGGGAAGAGAUUCUAAUGAGCUCCAUCAGCGGUGUUUAAGAUGUGUACUGUUGUGGCAGAAGAUGGUAAAAUGUCUCAGCAGCUUUAUGGAAAACACAGAGGACAAACCCCAAAUAAUUCAAAAAAUAGAGAACCUCCGACAAUUGGAACAGAUCUGGCAAUUCUUUGUGUUCAUGAUGCGGUCGUACAAUGCCGCCGGUGCUAUCAACAAUGCACAGUCCAUAAACUUCUUCAAAUCGCUGGUUGUGACGAAUCAUCGGCUACUACUACUUCUCGAGGACAAGGACAGCUUUCAGCUCCAGCCAGUUGUAGAACAAUUUGCUCAAGUGGACAUCAUGGACAAAUUCACCCUCCUGCUUCAGGAGUUUGCCACAAAUGGCAGUUUCGUCAACAACUGUUUAUUCACGAUGAUGCACCAUAUAGCCGGCGAUUGUGAAAAACUUGAUCUGCUAGUCAAGCCAAAAACGCUCAACACACUGGUACAGAUUACAGAACAUGAGCUACCAUUGGCUGAGGUAUUUGAGGACUUGAUCGACUUUGUGUUUGACAGGUUUAUCAACCUUAUUGAAGGGAACCCUAACGAUUGCGUCACCAUUCUGAGUGAGGAGGACAGCACGGAACAUGGGAAAAAGGAGUCUAUCCAAGAUGAUUGCCCGCCACCUUGGACAGAGUUGGAAAACACCUAUCUUUGUCUGCAUUACCUUGAAAACUUCAACGACUCCAACCUUCUGCAGACAAUCCAGAGCAAACUUGCCACUGUCAACAUCUCAAAAUCACAAAAACAGAUUCUAAAGCAGCUCUUCUACGUGGGCCUCCUCGAAGACAAUGAAUUCAAGAAAUUCGAAGCGACAUUUGUGACCGAAACUGAUGUCAAAAAGGCAGAGGUCAAAUUCUCGGAUAUGGAGAAUGCUGAGUCUAUCGAAACCUGUUUGAAGAAAAUCUCGGAGAAGGACGGCUUGCCGAUGAUCCAGUGGCUACAAAAGUUCCUUCUGGAAGCGUGUUAUGUCAAAUUAGGAGGAAGGGACUCUCACUCAAAAGAAGAGAUCAAACGAUAUGAAGAACCAGUUCCCCAUGUCUCACUUCUAUUGCAAGAAAUGGUUCCAUUGGUGCCCUUUACCUGCGACCAAGAGAAGAUGUUAUCAAAUCAGUACUUCCACAAGCUUUUGGAGGAGCUCAACUUUGUCAUGCCGCAGGAGAGUAAAAUGGUGUAUCCCAGGAUCCCUCAUUCUUGGAUGGCAAAAGAUCUGUACGAGAAGGCUCUACUGCUUGCUGGAAAUGAUGAGUCAGCUUUACCCGAGAUGAAGUUCUCCAAUGAGGACCUGCAAAAUGCAAAGAACGGUUUCACUGAGAUCUCUUCAAUGAACUUCUUCGAUUAGGACACUACGUCAGGAAUAAUGUGGAUUGUGAGCUUAUGAACAACCGGGCUUUGGCUGAUUAUAUCGUAAACAUUCCAUCGUCGACUUGAGCAUUUGUGAUUUGGAGGGACACAGGGACACAGUGGGAAAAUAUUUGGCUUGACUUAAAAGGCCAGGUUUCUACAUUGAUGUGCGUACGUGUAUGGUUAUAGGGGCAGCGGUAGCACAGUGGAAGAGAGUCGGCCUCAUGAUCAGGAGGUCGUGGGUUCGACUCCCGGCCGAGUCACUCCUUGGUUCCCCGACUGGUCGAGUUCAAGUGAGCGCCUUCUGGUUGCUCCUUUAAACCCCUGAUUGAUUUCUGUGGAGACCGGGGUAAUAAUUUCAUAUCCCACAGCGCCUUAACAGUUCCGUUACUAAGGAGUGCUAUAUAAAUAUGUGACAUUAUUAUUAUUAUUAUUAUUAUUUUGAAGUCGGGACAAUUUGCUGUUUGAUCAGAAUCGACCAUGACUUUCAAAGGGACAUAAUUAUAUAAAUAUUAAUCUGGUCAGUGAGGUGUACUUUGUGAUUUAAUUUUAUUAUUCUGCAGUAUUAUUACCUCUAUAUUUUCUUUAAUGUGCUUAAAUUAGUUAUCAAAUUAUUAAAGGUCUACGACAUUCGUUCAAAUUUUGAAAUUUUAGAAUUGAUUUUGGGGUUUUCCGUUAUGUAAAAAAGACUUGCCAUCUUUUUGGUAAACAUGAUUGGAACAAACUUGUUUAGACCAUAGGCACCAGCAGUUUAGCUGGAACUUGAAAUCCUAGUGAUUAAAACUCUUUCAAAACGAAUUGAAUGCCAAUUUCAAGGGCGGGAGUCAGUUCUUUGUUUCUAAAGAACAUACACCCAUCCUUGAAAUUUGCAUUCACUUCAUUUUGAAGGAGUUCCAAUCGUUUUAGGAUUUCGAGUUCCGGCCAAAAUGACGGUACCUUUGGUCAAGUGCUACAUAGCUGAAAGCCUUGAACUGCUUAAAUUGCUGUUGAUGUGAUAAGGAACUUUCAGAUACACUUUGGUGCUGUUUUGCUAAGAUAUUGUGAUUGGAAGUUCAAAGUUGUACAGAUUUGCCAAAUGGGGUGAUCACUGUGAAGGGGUUUUCGGUUAUACAUGGAGGUUGUGGUCAAAUGUGAUUUUAAGUUCCAACAGAUGUGUAAGUUGUACAGUUUUGGCGAAUGGUGGUUAUCAUGUUGGGCCACUAAGAUGUACUUGUGUGUUGUGAUCCAAAGGUAUUAUAAACUGUGAUUAAAAGUUCUGAAUUGUAUAGUAUAGCUGUGCGCGAAAUCAUUCUUGAAUUGGUCAUUUUCUAAAUGGUCUAUUGUACAUCUUAACUGUGUAUCAUGUUAACACAAUAAAUGUUGAGAAGUGAAAGUAAUAAA